AAAUUGGCAGCACUGGUUGCUGCUGUCAAACAAAGAGAAAAUGUAAUAUGUUCGGUACCUACCUACCUACUUACAAGUUUUUCUAUCUUCGAUAAAAAGUGUCGUCAAUUUGUGUUUUGUGUUGUUUUAGAGCAGGGUUUCGCUCUGUGUGGUGUCAUAACUAUUAGUUACAAACUCAAUAAAUAUCUUUAUAGAAGAAUUCCAAGCACCAGAUUUUGUUAUUCGACAGUGUUGAUCAAGUCUACAAACUGGAUAAUAGAUAAUGAUGGACUCGGACUCGUCCGGCGCCGACUUCUGCCGGUUUUGUCGCUCGGAGGCAACGUCGGAUCGGCCUUUAUUCCACCCUUGCAUCUGUACCGGUUCGAUUAAAUGGAUCCAUCAGGAAUGCUUAGUGCAAUGGAUGAGAUACUCUCGGAAGGAAAUCUGCGAGCUUUGCGGACAUCGCUUUUCUUUUAUGCCGAUAUAUUCUCCGGACAUGCCUCGCAGGCUGCCUAUCCGCGAUGUAGUGGGCGGCCUGGUGAUGUCCGUUGCGUCAGCCGUAAAGGACUGGCUCCAUUACACCCUGGUGGCUUUAGCCUGGCUCGGUAUCGUACCGCUUACGGCUUGCAGGACAUAUAGGUGCUUGUUCUCAGGCUCCCUGGGACCAGUUAUUUCCUUACCAUUUGAGAUUGUUUCUGCUGAGAAUCUUGCCAAAGAUGUUUUCUCAGGAUGUUUUAUUGUGACAUGUACACUUUUCUCUUUUAUUGGACUUGUGUGGUUGAGAGAACAAAUAAUGCACGGUGGAGGUCCAGACUGGAUGGAAAGAGAAAAUAUACCAGUUCCCCCACCAGAGGAUUUUGUACAGCCUGAGAAUAAUAAUGAAAGAGUUAAUGAAGUUGGAGGGGAUGACGGUGGAGCUCGUGAAGAAGGUAAUGGAGUUGGUAACGGUAAUGGUGAAGGAGGUGGUGAAGAACCAUUAGUGGGCGAUGAAGCGAAUUGGAAUCCAAUGGAAUGGGAUAGAGCUGCUGCUGAAGAAUUGACAUGGGCCCGACUAUUAGGUCUUGAUGGGUCCAUGGUCUUUCUAGAGCAUGUGUUUUGGGUGGUAUCCCUCAACACUCUGUUUAUAGUGGUGUUUGCAUUCUGUCCUUAUCACAUAGGACGACUUGGGGCUGCCUUAGCAGGAUUAGCAACAGAAGGUCCUUAUGCUGGACCUUUGACAGCACUGGCUGGCUAUGUGUUAGUUGGUGCAAUACUUGCCGUACUUCAUGGCUUAGCUGCUCUGUUUCGGCUAAGGAGUGCCAAGAAAGCACUAGGAUUCUGCUACGUUGUAGUCAAAGUUGCACUGCUUUCAGUCAUGGAGAUAGGUGUGAUCCCUCUAAUAUGUGGAUGGUGGUUGGAUCUCUGUUCUCUCUCCAUGUUUGAUGCGACACUCAAAGACCGCGAAUCAAGCCUUCAGGCGGCUCCCUGGACAUUGAUGUUUAUACAUUGGCUUGUCGGAAUGGUCUAUGUGUACUACUUUGCGUCAUUUGUGCUGUUACUAAGGGAAGUGCUGAGACCGGGAGUGUUAUGGUUCUUGAAGAAUCUGAACGAUCCUGAUUUCAGUCCAGUGCAGGAAAUGAUUCACUUGUCUGUCAUGUGUCACAUCAGAAGGCUGGUGUUGUCAGCCAUGAUCUUUGGCUCGGCAGUACUAUUCAUGCUUUGGAUGCCAAUAAGGGUCAUUAAAUAUGUGCUGCCCGGUUUCCUGCCAUACACUGUCUCCGUUCAUUCAGAAGCCCCAGUCAAUGAAUUAAGUUUGGAACUUCUUCUGCUUCAGGUGAUCCUUCCAGCUCUUCUGGAGCAAUCUCACACGAGGACGUGGUUAAAGAUGGCGGUGCGAGCUUGGUGCGUGUGCGCUUCUGGUCUCCUCGGCUUGAGAUCGUAUCUGCUUGGCGAGAUAUCGCGACAGGCCGAUCCUAAUCCGCCCCCACAUCUGCCUCAUCAACUCGGUGUCGCUCAUCAAGCCCUGAUGCGUCGCGACGGUCCAGCGGCGGUGGAGCCCUACAUCCGCGUGUCGUGGUUCCCGCUAAGGUUGGCCGCGCUGCUUGUGCUGGUCUCUAUUUCGCUCGUGUUAGCGAGUGCAAUGACCCUUGUAAUUCCAGUAGCGAUCGGCAGAAAGGUGAUGGCGCUGUGGAUGCCUAAGGCGGCUGAGAGAGUUCACGAACUGUAUACCGCUGCAUGCGGUAUGUACGUGAGCUGGGCGGCGGGGCGGGCGGGCGUGGCGGCGGCGGGGUGGGCGCGGGGCGGGGCGCGCGGGGGCCUGUGGUCGCGCGCCGCGGUGUGGGCCCGCACGGCCGCCCGCGCCGCGCUCGCCGCCGUGCUACUGCUCGGGCUGGUGCCGCUCAUGUUCGGCUUGCUGCUCGAACUGGUUCUCGUAAUACCACUGAGCGUUCCCUUGGAGCAGUCCCCUGUGUUAUUCGUGUGGCAAGAUUGGGCUCUGGGCGUGCUGUAUACGAAGAUAAUGUGCGCCCUCACGAUGAUGGGACCCGAUUGGAGCAUGCGCCGUGCCCUCGAGAAAGCGUACCGGGACGGCAUCAGAGAAAUGGAUUUAAGGUUUAUCGUGGGGUCGGUGGGUGCCCCGCUGGUGCGGUGGCUGGGGCUGGCGCUGGCGGUGCCGUACGCGGCGGCGCACAGCGUGGCGCCCGUGCUGGUGUCAGGGGCCGCCCAGCGCAACCUGCUCGUGCGCCGCCUCUACCCCGCGCUGCUCCUCGCCGCGCUCUUCGCCUCGCUAGCGGCCUUCCAGAUCCGCCAAUUCAGAAAACUAUACGAACACAUAAAGAACGACAAGUACCUGGUAGGUCAGCGGCUCGUGAACUACGAUCACCGGAGACAGAAGCAGCAGCACAGCAGUGCCGUCACGUCGACAAACUGAAGCCUGUUCGCUCCGUGCCUCUAAAAAUUUAUAUCGAUCUCAUUCUAAGGGCCUCUGUCUAGGAGCGGCGUUUUCUCGACGAUUCUGAAGUCGAAACUUCUCUCGUACUUUCCUCCUUUCCCAUUAAGAACGAUAAAUAAAAAGGUUGCUUUUAGUAAAGGAAACAAAAAGAUAAAAAAUAAUUGAACUGAUAUUUUAUUUGUUCCCACAUCGACCUGUAUAAUGAAAAGCAAUUUUAAAAAUAUCUAUAUACGAUUCAAUUUGUAUUAAUUAUUAGCAUAAAUUUUACCGUCUUCACCUCGUUCUCUAACCUUCUCUUCUGAACUAUUCUAAUACAACGAAAAUUUUAUUGUCACCUUAACUGCCAACGGUCGUCGUCGGCGCGUCGCCGGAAAAUCGUUACUUUGACCUAAAGGUCUUAGUUACCAGGUCAUAAAAUUCCUUAAAAAAAAAAGAAAAUCGCUACUCUAACAAAGCACCGUUCCACGGGUCGAUCGAAGCGGCAGUGAGUGUUGCACGCGUGUCGUCCUCAAUAAUAACAGUACAAAAUUAUUUUAGCACGAAUACGGGGUUUAAUAAAAAAAACCCGUCGGUUACACCACUGCCUACCAGUGAAAAAAAAACGAUAUUUCUCGGGCGGCGGUGUAACAGACUAUACUAUUAGGCUAAUUGAAAUUAAAAAAAAAAUGUACUGCUUCCAUUUUUAAAAGUCUUGUCAGUACAAGCUCACUUUAAGGAGCGAUUGUAACGGCAUCGCUGUAAUGACAGGAACAAUGUCCGUUCUUGUCGUACGAAGUCACAAUUUAUAGUCGGAUUUUUUAUUAGACGAAGUCAACUGACGUUUACUGUGUUGUCAGUUUUUGAUGAAAUAAAAAUAGUGUUGUGACAAAGUGAACGUAUGAAAAAACUCCUGAAUUAAUGAAAUUGCCUCGAUUGUCUAGUGAAUAGUUGGUGUGCCGAAUUGCCGAUAUCGGGUACGGGGUUCGUAUUUUAGGCGUGCUUUGUACAUACCAACGAGUUUUCGACGAAAUAUUAUGUUCCUAUAGUAUCUACCUGUACUGAAUACCGAGUGUUUUAAACAUUGCGAGGAAGCUUGUAAGACUGUCCUAUUUCCAAUACAUCAUAUAGUUGAAAUUAUAGAUGUAUAAAAUAUAACAAUUAUUGGUAGGUAAUGAAAAUAAAUAAAAACUGAUACUACUAGUAACAUAUAUUGGAGCACUUUAAUACAAUUUUAUUGUAAAAUAUAAAUAAUAUUCUUUUAUAGUUUGAAAUUAAUGAUUAACUCUUCACACUCAUUGUUCAUUCAUGUGAUUGAACGAGAACUGAACGCAUCACUAUUACUUUAAAUAUAGCAACAUUAUUUCACAAAGUGACAUUAGCUACUGUCAGCUGGCUUCGUCUAAUUAAAAAUCCGACUAUAUUUCCAUAUAUUUGUAAUUUAUUUAUUUUUGUAGAAAUUUCAACGCGGAUAUCAUCCUAACUUUUCGUUUUCCUCUCGUCGUAGACACGUUUAGAAAUUAGUUUUGGGUCGCGUACGGAUUUUUUAUUAGGCUACACAUAGGGACAAGCUUUAGGAAUUUGGUUGAUUUGAAGAGAUUAAGAAAUUAAAAAGAUUUAAAAAAAAAACGUUAUAAUUUAGUCAUUUAACCUACACUGCUCAUUUUUCAGUUAUAGACCGAUAAUUUAGCCAAUUUUUUAUGUUUCAAUUUGUGCAUGUUAAUUGUUACAUGUAUACAAUUGCUAUGCCAUGAGAUCAAAAUCCGUUUAAUUUUUCAAUUAUAGUAAUUUCAAUAGCAACACAGUGUAAAAUAAGUUAUAAAAAACAGCAAGGUACUAUGUCCAUUUAAAAUAAAUCAAUUUUCCUUUAUCAGACAAUAUUAAUAGCCACUUUUAUUAGACAAACAGGCUCCAAAUUUUGAGGUAACAAUUAGCAUGUACCGCAUUAAUUGCGUAUUCAAAUGUUUUAGAAUUAUAACAAUUUGUAAAUGAAAUCAAUUUGAUGUAAAUAAUUAUUGUGGUUUAUUUAGUAUUAAAUUUUAUUCGAAACU